GGCCGGCGGGGGGGCGCGCCCCCAGCCCGGGGCCUGCGGCGGGGGCGCCGGAUAAAGCGGUGCCGGCCCCGGAUAAAGCGGUGCCGGCCGGUCCGCCUGCCGGCACAGGGGCGGCCGGGACGGGCCCAGCGGGGCGCCCCGCCAUGGCGAGCCCCGCACGCCCGCGGCAGGAGCUGGCGGCCGAGGAGCGGCGGCUCCGCGGCGCGGCCCCGACGGUGCCCCGCGACGGCAAGCGGGAGGCGGCGGGGGAGCGGCUGGUGCUGCUGGAGCUGCGCCGCUGCGGGCGGCCGCCGUCCCCCGGCCCCGGCGAGCGGCAGGAGGAGGGGGAGGAGGAGGAAGAAGAGGGGGAGGCGGCGGCGGGCGAAGAUUGUUGCGGCAAGUGCAAGAAGCGGGUGCAGUUCGCCGACUCGCUGGGGCUGAGCCUCGCCAGCGUCAAGCACUUCAGCGACGCCGAGGAGCCGCAGGUGCCGCCCGCCGCGCUGUCGCACCUGCAGAGCCCGCCCGGCGAGGAGCGGGACCCGCCGCCGCCCGGCGCCGAGCCGCCGCCGCCAGCGCUGCUCCUGGUGCCCGACUUCCCCGACGGCGGGGAGCCCAGCGCCGAGCGGCUGCGGCGGCAGCGCGUCUGCCUGGAGCGCCUGGGGCGGCCCGCGGCGCCCACCGACGUGCGGGGCACGGUGCAGGUGCUGGGCGGCCCCGGGCCCCGGGAGGUGACGGUGCGCUACACCUUCAACGAGUGGCUCUCCUUCGUGGACGUGCCGGCCGCGCCCCUGCCCGCCGAGCCGCCGGCCGAGCGCUACGGCUUCACCCUGUGCGUGCCGCCGAGCCUGCGGGAGGGCUCGGCCCUGCACUUCGCCAUCCGCUACCGCAGCCCGCAGGGCGAGUUCUGGGACAACAACGGCGGCCGCAACUACACGCUGCGCUGCUGCGGCUGCCCCGGGGCCGGCCCCGCCGCCCCGCCGGGCCCCGCCGCACCCCGCUACUGAGCGGCCGGGCCAGGGGAGCCCAGGGGACGCGGCCGGGCGGGGACAGGGGCAGGGGCCGCACCCCGCGCCCGGAGAGAGGCCCCGCUCGGCAGGGAGACGGCCAGAGCGCCGGGGGCCCCGUCCCGGAGACUGCCCCAAGUCUGGUGGCUUUUAAGCAGGAGCUUCAGUUUCUGCCAGCGAAACGUGGAUGUGCGUAGGCUCGCAUUGCCGUGGUUUGUGGAAUUGUUCUCCUUUUUGGUUUUUUAUCUUUUUUUUUUUUAAUUAUUAUUAUUUUUUUGAGAGAGAGAGCAAGGAGACUGAGUAGCGUGGGCUUUGCUUUUCCCCUCUUGAAGUGAAUUUUUGAGGUCUUGAUUUGGGCUUGACUCCACAUACCCGAUUAGUCGAGAGCACUCGUGUGAAAACUUGGUGGCGUGUUCGCUACAGAUUUAAUUUAGGAUCCCAAUUUUCCCGUUCUCAGAUCUAUUUGAAAGACACAGUACUGCGACAGCAAUGGUGUGCUUUGUCCUUUUUUAGUUAUUUUGUUUGACUUCAAUGGACUCGGUAACAAUACGAUUCACAGUUGUGAGCACCUGUCAAACCCGUGACAGGCUUGCGUGCCCGUCCCACCUUUGCCAUGCUGCGGCAGCUCUGAACAGCAGGCACUCUGCUUUGGGGCUGGAUCUGGGGCUGGACUGGGCUGCCCUGGUUUUUGUCACUCAACACACUUCGAUACCGCUCCCCAGGCUCGCAUGUAGAUCCCGUCUGGCUAAUAGCAGCCAGCAGGGACUCGUGCAGAAAUGUUUUUGCUUAAAAUAGACUGAUGACUUCUUUUCACACAACCAACGAGUCUAAAACCGGGACGAAGGAGGAGUUAAAAUACUUGCUGAUGCUGUGUUUAUCAGGAGAACUUUGGUAACACCUUUGAGCCAUGCACUGUGAAGUGAAAGAUGGUGUCUGUCUCGUACACGGUUCUGUAUUUUCAGAUUUGGGUCUGGUUUGGAUGACCCUUCUCACUGAGGAGUGACGCUGCCAUACAGAGAGGGUGUCCUCAGUAACAAAUGGAAACAAGUGCCUUAGUUCAGCUCUCCUUAUGUUACAUUUUGCACCACAUUUCUCAAGUAUUUAUAAUUUAUUCAGCUUUUUUGCUACAUAUUUUUCUGUAUUUGUAUGUUGCUGGGAAAGGACUUUGUUGUGCACACAGCUGGACUUUACGGCGCUGGACACUUGAAUUGAUUUUAGUCUUCACUCUUGCACUGCAAGCCUAGAGGUUGACUACUACUGGGUGUCCCAACUCUUGAAAUUAAGCAAAAACUACCAAUGCAAAUGGGUUUGUAAGAAUAAAAAAAAAGUUUAAAAAAAAGCCAUAAAGCUCACCAUUACAUUUACUUUCUUCCUUUUUUUAAAUUUUUUUUCCUUUUUUAGUUAGCAAAAUGUAACAGUAGGCUUCACAGUUUUGCAACCUGUGGUAUGUGUGCCCUGACCAGGGAUGAUCCCAUCUGUGUAUAAGUGAUGUUUAGGGCUGUAGCUGAAAAUGACUGCUGUCCUACCAGGGCCAUCAGGCAAAUCACCCUGUGAUUUCUCUGUGACAGGCAUCUUGAGCAGAGCUGUGCUGUGAGGAGGCUUUACUAGCAAGGGUGGAAGGUAGGUGGGUUGCAGUCAAGUUUUGUUUGGGCUCUUCUGCAACUUUGAUUCUUCUUGUUUUCUUUUGACACAGUAUCUCAAAAUAUGGGUUAUUUUUGGUUAAUGAAGAACAAUUGUCAGAAUGCAGAAGAUGCCCUGAAAUGGAUGUGUGGUCUUCAGUAUGCCAUGGAAUGGCAUGUUCCUUUUUUGAAACACACCAUAGUGCGAGAUUUCUCAGGCCUCCAUUUCCUCUGAAGAUGUAAAACAUCUUAAAGGCUAUCCUGACAACAUUAUUAAAAAUAGCUUAUUGAUAAGAUUCCCGAUAGCUGAGAAUAUUUUCAAGCCUACAUCAAACCUGCCUUUUGAGAUGGCUGGAGCAGACCCAGAGCUAAAAUCUCUGUUGGGGGAAAGAUGGGAAGCAGAGGGAGGUUCAGACUAAAGGUGCUGCAGUUCUGCUCACAUGCACACUGCUGCUGAAACACAGCCUGUCCUCCCUCCUCCCAAAAAAGCCUGUGCGUACAGCACAGGGUGAGAACACAGCCAGGGACAAGGAGGUGUUUAAUUCCCUCGGAAACCAUUCUGCUGUUACACUGUAUCAGUUGCUUUGACGACGCACAGAGGGAGAGCUCUGAGCAGGCAAACAGAAGUUGGUACUGUUGUCCUUCAGGUUACACGUGAACUCUCGCCAAAAAGGUUUUAAGGGAGAAUAGUGAACUCUGCUGUUUCCCUACACAAGUUUGUUUUAAGUCUGUCAUGCAUUUACAGGAUUACAGGAUGUUACAGGGGAUAACCUGGUAUGAAUUAGCCUUUCUUCAGAUUGCUGCAUAAAUGAAAUAGUGUGCUCUUAAGCUGAAAUAGUGUGCUCUUAGUGUAGUGUCAAGAUUGAUCCUUCAUUUAAGUACAAUAUAAUAUUCGGGAUUUCUGGAGCCCAUUCCUUAUUCUGUGCUUUGUUUAUUAGUUGCCUCAGAGAAGAAGGAAACAUUGCCAGAAAAAGGAGUGGGGAGCUCUCUCCUUUAACGGAAUUUAAAGGAGCAGCCAUAUUCUGAUGGCUGUGUCUGGGCAGAGGUGAUACCAUGAAGAACCCUGGCUAGCUGUGCCUGGAACCUGGAAAUGUUCUCAGGUCCACUGUCAACAUUGAUAUCCAGAACAUGUGACAUUUCUGUGUGCUAUUCAGAUGUGUGACCUGAAAUUCAAAAUGCAGGAAAGUACUCACUGAGGCUAGAUACUAAAAUCUUCUGAGUGCUUCAGAAAUUUGGUGCCAAUUGAAAAUCUUGCCAAUUGUGAUAAUUAAAGCACAACAUUUUUGUGCUUUGAUACCUGAAGUGCUUUUAUUUGUUAUUAAGAAUUUCUUUUUGUGAAAGGAAGGGGAAAACCUCUAAAUGAGAGUCAGACAUACUCACUUUUUGACAGACAGUACAUUUCUGUGCUCUUAGGACUUUACAGAAGCAUAGAUUUGCAAAGCAGGGUUCAAAGACAGCCUACUCACAGGUGUCUGUAUUUUCAUAGCUGAGGUUCCUGAGGGCUAUGGAAAUGCAAGGCUUUAUCAGAGAUUACACUGGGCAGCAGUUGUAAAAAUCCAACUGGACCAUGUGUGUACCAAAGGCUUGCAAGCCCACAUCAGCAAAACCCAGGGCUCCUGUUCCUGGCCAUAGGUUGAGACACAUGGCAUAAUUGCAACAUUACUCUCAAAGGAAUAUAAUCAAAAUGAAGUUGUUUUAAUUCCAUUAAAAUCUCAAGACCAGUAGAGUGAAAUGUUAAGUGAAGCACUCUUCUGUUUGGUUGCAUUACUGUUAAUGUAUUUCAUUCAAAGCAUAACUUUUGGAAGAUGUCCUCAUAAACAUGUUCCCUCCCCUAACCUAAAUAAGAAAUUUAAGGUUUAUUGCACUUAUGGAAAAACUCCAGCUCCAAAGAUUUUUCUUCUAUGCAGAUUUCUGUUCCCCCACUGUGGAUUAAGGAUUUAGGGUAGGAAUAGCUGCCAAAUGGCUUUAUAGGUGUAUAUAAAUGAAGAAAGUUUAAUAUAGCUGAAACUCUGUAGGGGUAACUGUGAAGGACAUAAAAGGUAAAUCUUCCUUAAGCAAUUUUUUGCCAUGUACACUUACUUUUAAUUUCAGAUUUAAAUGAUUCAGGAAAGGGCUGUGAAGCUAAAUUUACUUUGGUGUCAUGAAGAUAUGUAAGCAUGCAUGAAAACUACUUCUGUUUUAUUUAAAAUUGGAGCUUUCAGUCAGUACUUGGAAAGUCUGGCUUCUGCUCCCAUUGGCUUCACUGGGAUUUGGAUCCAGCCCAAAGUACUGCAGGAAGGUAAGGGAAAUGAUCUAGGUUUAAUUGUCCAUUCUGUUCAGAGUCUUGUGUUGUGGGGUUAGGAUAACAUGGCACUGUGAUGAAUGUUCAUCUGUCAAGAGUUCAAAAUCUGCUGUCUGUGCAUGGCAGUAAUUAAAUCACCUUAAUUGUUUUUUCAUGAUUCUUUCUGAGAGAGGGAAAAUUACUUGCCUUGGAUUAGCAUAUUGCCAAAGACUGUUAUAAAUAUUUAUGGGGUGUACUCUUUCAAUAGACAGCCUGUACAUUCUUCACAGGUCUCCAUAGUUCUUUUUCCUGAACACAGAAAAGUAGUUACUUGAACGCACUAAUUACCAUCAUCUCCCCCUCUUGCAAAGCUUCAGUAGAUACUGGUUUAACAGCAAAAAAGGUAAGUAGUUUAUAAAGAAGCAUCUCUUGCAAAACAUAUUUAAUUACCUCUGUAAGCUGUGGAAUCUUUUUGAAGGUGCAUAUGUUUAAGAAAUGGGUUUGUGAGUUCCAAAUUUUUUCCUUUUACUGUUGUGGAAAAUACAUGGUUUUGGAAGAAUUACUGGCUUUGGCUUCUCUCUUUUUUUUUCUUUCUUUUUUUUUUUUUUUUUUUUCCUGCUUUCACAUUAAGGCCUCAUGCACUAUUCUUAUAUUUUGAAAUAGUGAAAAAAGUAGGAAUGUAAGCGCUCAGUUAAGGAGCUGCACAGCUUAGUUCUUUUUUUUAUAAAGGUCAUCAGGCAAAAUAUUCCCAAGAGUUUGAAAUGACUAUGCCUGUGUUAAGAAUGGUGGAAUAAAGCGAACAGUAUAGUCCUGACUUGAAUAAUGGCAGGAUUUCACUGUAGAUCAUGAUGGAAAACUCAGGAAAACAGUCAGAGCACAGCUCUUUCAUGGCUCUGUUUACACAUACGUAUGGUCUGUGCUGGGGAUCAGGAGAGGUGCAUUUAUGUUGUAUUACAGGAAGUAAAGUUGAGGGGCUGGUGCUUCUCCAUAAAGUUAUUCUGUCUGCUGGUGUUAGAGGGUAUUUUGAAACCAUGCUUUCAAUUGCAGAAAAAUUUAUUGAGAGGUUGUAACACACAACAGAAAUGCCUGUCCUUUGAACAGUUACUAAUACCAAUCAAAUUGUUCCUUUUUUCCUUUCAGAGUGCUGUUUCCAAGCUUAUCCUGUAAAAAUAAGGACAAACCACAGUAUAGGCAAAUACUAAAAUUUUGGUUCAUACUGCUGAGGUCAAUAGUUUGCUAAAGUGUCGAGAUCGGGAAAAAAAAACCUUUUAAUUUAAUACAAAAGCAAAAUUGUUUUGCUAAGACAUUGCACCUUCAGUAAAGAUAUUUAUUGAGCUCUGUUCUAAGGAAAAAAUAUAUACUUUUUAUAAUAGUGGACAUUGUAUGUAAGUCAUGGGAUCAUUCCUUUGUGUUUUAACUAUUCCUGUUGUUUACACUGCUUUGACAAAAUCCAACAAAGCUUCUGACAGCGUGCCAAGAGAGAUUUAAUGAGUAUUGCAACGUAAACGGAACUGGUGAAGCACAGAAGGUGCAGCUGUAAGAGCACAGCAGCUCCGAGGCUGGAGCACAGUGCCAGCUCUCCAGGCUGCUCUCCCCACUGGCAGCGAUGAGCACAGCCCUGGCCAAGAGCAAGAACAGGGCAAGUGGACACCAACACAACACUCGAGUCAUCCCAGCCUACAACCGGGCUCGACUUCCCAAGCCAGGUCAGUUGUUUUACCCUCUGCAGUACGGACUGGGAACAGAGGGAAAUUACAGAGCACCACUACGUUUUUCCCCCCUCUGCCUGGAUGAUUCUCUCUGCAGAAUUGACCUCUGAUGGUUACUACUGCUCCUUUGAAGGUAGAAGCAAGUAAGGGAGAAAGAAGGUUGGAGCAUAUGGCAUGAGCUGGGACUGCAGUCAUGUUUUAUCUACCACAAAAACUUAACAACAGAGUUUUUAGGCAUUAAUGGAAAAGUAAUCUUCAUACUUUAGAAGGAAUUAAUAAAACAUUUCCCAUUGCCAUGACUGCCUGCCUGUAUGACAGAACCUACCAUCUACAGCUAUAUUCUUGUUGGAAACAAUGCUGAAGAACUUCACUGGAAAGGUAUUUCUGAAGAAAUGAUUAUGCAUUGAAAGAGUUCCCUUAUUUUUUUUGUAAAUAUGGUGAAAACAGACUUAAAUAGUAAAAAAAAAAAUAGUUACCAAUGCAGUUGUCCCUCUUUAUAAAUCAGGGCUAUGCUAUUUAUAAAUAUAUUUAUUUUGCUUUCUAGCAUACACUCUCAGAUCUUGAAAUGGUAUGCAGUGCUUGUUCCAGUAAUUAAGCUGUUUUAGACAAGGAUUUUACGUGUACUGUUUUAGCAACCAAGUUUCUAACAGUAAAAAACUGGCAGCCCUUCCAGGCCUGUGUCAGCCAAGAGUGUAAGAUACUGCAUUUCUGUGAGCUCACUGGAACCUUAAAGAGCAAUCAAACCCUUCUUCCCCUGCACUUUCACCAUUAACUUAAGUGCACUUAAUUAUCCAGUUGUGAAUGUGGAGAUUUCAAAUACAAAAUCUAAUGUAUAUUACCUAUUAGAAUAAUUCAAUUCCAUUUUAAUACAAUCUUCACUAAAAGCAAUUUACAUUGCAAUAGUUAUACACCUAAUAUGGGGAGAAUUACUAUUGUAGUUGCUUUUUAUCUGAAAUUGAAAGGGGGCUACAUUGGCAGUCUCAGGUACACACUAUUUUAUUCUGUACCCUGUACUGUCUAUAUGAAAUCCAUUACUAUACAUCUCCAUCUAACUGUACAAUAUGGUAAAAUACACUUUAACGGGCAGUGAGGAAUGGGAGCUUGUUCUAAAUUAGAAACUUUAAUUAGACACUCUGCUUUAAUAAUGUUUUCACAGAGCAUGAACAACACAGAAGAACAUAAACAAAGAUGAAUUUUGUGAAGCAAGAAAAAUAAGGGGUGGAUUUCAAAGGCUACAAUGCCACGGAAGUAGUUUUGAGUUUCUGUUUCUCUACUUAAAAAACCCCACAACAAUUCACUGAAAUAAAAGGAAACUAUUUUUUUCCUGUAUGCCAGCUUUGCACUGCUUAAUUUUUCUGCAGAUUUCUAAUAGAAAACAAAUUCAAGCACAGAAAUGACUUGAGCAAAACCUGAUCAAAAGUGUUGCUUGCUUUUUUAUUAAUCUGUGGUCCUAAAAGUGUUGAGCAUUCUAUGGAUUUAAGAAUAAUCAAUAAAAUGCUAUGCUGAGCACUUUUUCUAGGCAAAGCUUGUUGCCACUUCAUGACUUAGAGUACUUGAUUACUGUUCCAGUUAGGAUCUUUUUCUUCAUGAUGUUCAUGAAAAAAAGGAAAUCUUUGAUAAAGUGAUGUGGAGCUUUCUGCUAAUAGCUGCACCUCAAUAAAUUAAAGGAUUUGGUGGUGAAAAAACAUUUGAAAGCUCCCAAGCCUCAGUAAUUCAAGUCUUGCAUUCUGCUAUUCUGAUCAGUUAAUUGUUAAAAGUAAGACAAGACUGGUUAUUAACUCUUGGAAACUAAAGAAAGAACUAGUGAUUUUUUUAUGUCACCUCCUAAAAUGUCAAGGGAUGCUCUUCAAGGAAACCACACAAUGCAGCCUGUGAUAUUUUUAAGUAUCAAAGUCCAGGAGACAAAUAUUCUGACUAUCUCUGGUUUUAAUACUUCAAAUAAAAUAUGUACUUACUCUCUUAGUUCAGAAGCUGGAUAUUUUAAUGUGAAACAGGAUUAAUAAAAACUUAGUAAGUGCGUGAAGAGUUUUAAAUUUUGAGGGGUUUUAAAUCUAACAUGUUUUUCGUGGUCAGUGAGAGACAAGGUCAGCAGCAAAAUAAUGUAGCUGGUUGCAGGUAGUUUAUUGAAGUUUUAUUGUUGAAAUAGGGUAGGAACUAUUCCCUCACAUAGGACACACAAGCAAACAAAUUCUAAGACUACCUUACAUACUAUUAUAAAUCACAGCCAUUUAUCUUAGAACAUGUGACCCUUUAGAAAAUAGAAC